AUGGCACUUAUUGCAUGCGAAACAGUGCAAUGGUUAAAGAUGAGGAAGAAGAAAAUGACAAUCAUUAAAUUAGACUUUCAGAAGGCUUAUGAUCGGGAUGGUAGGAGAGGCAGUCAGAAACAGAUUUUGUCGAUGCUGGUUGGUAAGGACAAUAUAGAGUUGUUAUAUCUCCAAUUUGCAGAUGACACUAUAUUAUUCUGUCCACCAGAGGAGGAGACAGUCAUAAACUAUGCCAGGUUGCUAAGGGAUUUUGAGGUGAUGUCAGGGUUAACUAUUAACUUUGAUACAUCAAGUUUAAUCCCAAUCAACUGUGAACAACAGUGGACUUACAACAUGUGCAACUUAUUGGGAUGUAAAGAGGCUAACCUUCCAGUCAGGUAUCUUGGCAUUCCUCUAGGAGCAAACCCAAGGUUAGUCAGGACUUGGAAACCGAUAAUUGAUAAAGUUAAGGAGAAGCUCAGUUUGUGGAAGGCAAAAGUGCUAAAUAAAGCGGGUAAGUUAGUCCUUAUUAAAUCUGUGUUGAAUAGCUUGUCAGUGUACUAUCUGAGCCUGUAUAAGAUGUCAAAGGCUAUGGUAGAAAAGUUGUUAUCGUUGCAAAGAUGA